AUGGCGACAAAAGUCGACGCCACGGCUCACGACGAGCCAUCCAAUUCCGAGCCUGUCCAGAAGCAGCAAAAGCAGACAGUUGACCCUUACAAUGUGCAAGGUGAAGUCGACGAGAAUGGUGUGGUCAAGGCCAUCGACUACAACAAGCUGGUUGACGAGUUCGGCACAAAGAAGAUCGACGACGAGCUGCUCGCCCGCUUGGAACGUGUGACCGGCAAGCGCCCGCACCACUUUCUCCGGAGAGGCAUCGUGUUCUCUCACAGAGACCUUGAGCUCAUCCUCGACCGCUACGAGCGCGGCGAACCCUUCUUCUUGUACACCGGCCGCGGGCCGUCUUCAGACAGCGUCCAUGUCGGCCACACGAUUCCAUUCGAAUUCACAAAGUGGCUCCAGGAUACUUUUGAUGUACCACUCAUCAUCAUGCUGACGGACGACGAGAAGUACCUAUUCUCAGAAAAGAAGACCAUCGAAGAGGUCCAAGGGUACUGCAACAGCAAUGCCAAGGACAUCAUCGCCAUUGGGUUCGACCCAGCCAAGACGUUCAUCUUCUCCGACUUUGACUACGUCGGCGGUGCCUUUUACAGGAAUAUCGUCCGCCUGUCCAAGCACAUCACUCUCAACCAGGCCCGUGCCAUCUUCGGCUUCAACGAGAGCAGCAACAUUGGCCGGAUUCAUUUUGGCAGCAUUCAAGGCGCAACCAGCUGGGCCUCCUCAUUCCCGCACAUAUUUGGGGAGGAUGAGAAGGAGACGGUUGGGAUACCGGCGCUCAUUCCGUGCGCCAUUGAUCAAGAUCCAUACUUUCGCAUGACACGGGAUGUAUCAGCAAGGCUAAAAUACCAGGGCAAGCCCUAUGCCAAGCCGUCUCUCAUCCAUGCCCUCUUUCUGCCAGCCCUCCAGGGGCCGGGCACGAAGAUGUCGGCAUCCAUCGACGAGUCUGCCAUCUUCAUGAGAGACACUCCCAACCAGAUCAAGAACAAGAUAAACAAGCACGCCUUCUCGGGCGGCAAGGUUUCAGAGGAAGAGCACCGGCAGCUUGGGGGCGACACCAGCGUCGAUGUUGCCUUCCAAUACCUCCGAUUUUUCUUGGAGGACGAUGAGGAGCUCGAGAGGAUCAAAGUAGCGUACGAGACCGGGGAGAUGCUGACGGGCGAGUUGAAGGCCAUCUGCAUCAGGGAGCUGCAGAGGUAUGUGGCCGCUUUCCAGGACAGGAGAGCCAAAGUGGACGACGAGACGGUCAAGCUGUUCAUGGAGACGCGGCCACUGAAGUGGGGAGGUAACCCCCGGGCGCCCAUAGUUAUACCCAAGGUCGAGAAUGGGGAUGCCGACGAGUCGCCGGCCGAUGGGGAGGGAAAGAUGACCAAGAACCAGCUGAAGAAGCUGGAGAAGAUGAGACAAGCGGAAGCUAAGAAGGCCCAGAAGGCCAAGGAGAAGGCGGAGCAAGCGGCGGCAAAGGCGGCAGGACCCUCUGCUACGGUGUAG